CGUUGACGUAGAAUAAUGGAUCUGUUUUUUAGUGUUCAAUUUUUCUCGUUCGACUUCGACAGUCUCUCUUUGAAAUUUCAAGUCUUAUCUUUUAGAUCACUAUUUUCAAAGUCUACAUCACUGGCAUCAGAAUCAAAAACCCAUCGUCCUAUUAAAAAAUUUCUGUAAUUUCAAUUCAUUUCGAUUCAAGAUCAAGCUUCCAUGUUAAAGAUUUGGUAUUCUUUUUAAUUUAUAUGAAUCACCUGUUGAGGCCCGUGUGUUGUUUUCCAGUCCGAGGUUGAAAAUGAAAGAAAAAGAAUAGGUAUUCAUCAAUUUUUAAUUAUUGGGGUUUGAAUUAGCAAUAUGACUAGUGUUUUGAUGAGUAUUUUGCCCUCGAAAAGGGUGGAUAAUGAAGAAGAUGAUUAUAAUUCGGACUAUUCCUUUGCCAUGGAAUACAGUGGCCCUCCGGUCAGCGGGGAUAUUCCGGAGGUGGUUCCGGUGGAUUUUAGGAGGAUUCCGACUGCGGCCAUGGUUGCUAGGGCUUCCACGUUCAAUAAUUUAUCACUACCAGUUAUUAAGCCAAUUGUAAGAAGUGGUUAUUCCGAAAAGAAAUUGUCAAUUGACUUAAAGUUAGGCUCUGAAUCUCCCGUUUCUGAUGUACAUUUAGGUCAAAUCGGGGGUUCUGAUGAAAAUUUAUUGGGAAAUUCAGAGGAUGGUGUUCAUAGAGAAGAAGCAUUAGGUUUGACAACUGGUGAAUCUAAUGUAUUAGAUAGAGGUUCCAGUAGUUCUGGUGGAUUGGGGUUUUCUGAUGGUCAUGCUGAUUCGAAUUGGUUAUCAGGAAGCUCGAAAAUUGAGGAUUUAGACGAAGAAUACAAGGAGGAUCUAGGGUCUGGAAAUUGCUCAAACGCCUCCAAAUCAACUAGAUCAGGAGAGUUGGAAGAUUGUGAGGAUGAAGCUCCUCGUCAAGGCAAUAGAAUACAAGUAGUGACUUUUCGUGAUUAUACAUCAAGUGAAGCGGCCUCCGAAGAAGAUGAUGAUGGGGUGGGAGUCUUCCCCGAGAGGCCGGUGGUUGUAGAUGACAUGAGGAAAGGGACGUGUUAUCGGUGUCAUAAAAGGAAUCGGUUUGGUGAGAAGGAAGUUUGCAUAGUUUGUGGUGCUAAGUAUUGUAGCAAGUGUGUGCUAAGAGCAAUGGGAUCAAUGCCACAAGGAAGAAAAUGUAUUACUUGCAUUGAUUUUCGGAUUGAUGAGUUGAGGAGGGGAACCUUGGGGAAAUGUUCCCGAAUGCUUAGGAAACUCCUCACGGAUGAUGUCGUUAAGCAGAUUAUGAGUUCUGAGGUAUUAUGUGAAGUGAAUCAGCUGCCCCCUCAUCUUAUCUAUGUAAAUGACAGGCCUCUUUCUAUGGAUGAGUUGGUUUUGUUGCAAAGCUGCCCAAAUCCACCAAAGAAGCUGAAACCGGGAAAGUAUUGGUACGAUAAGGUUUCUGGUUUCUGGGGAAAGGAAGGGGAGAAACCGUGCCAGAUUAUAAGCCCCCAACUUGCCGUUGGUAAUCAAAUUAGGCAAGAUGCUAGCAAUGGAAACACCAAUGUACAGAUAAAUAACAGGGAGAUUACUAAACCGGAGCUGUGGAUGUUGCAGGCAGCCGGAAUACGCUGCGAAGGGAACCCUACCUUUUGGGUCACUGCAGAUGGUUCCUAUCAGCAUGAAGGUAUGAAUAAUGUGAUGGGGAAAUUAUGGGAUAAGAAAAUAGUCAAGAUAGCGUGCGCUGCUUUGUCCUUGCCGUUUCCUUCUAGUACUGCAAAUCCUGGUGGUGAAGGAGUCGAUAAUGACACAGAUAAGAUUAACUCGAAAAACAUAGAUGAGAAAGCAACGAAUAAACUUCUUCUAGUCGGUAGCGAUCAAUCAGGAACAAGUACCAUAUUUAAGCAGGCCAAAAUUCUGUAUAAUGUUCCUUUUUCAGAAGAUGAGAGGGAAAAUAUCAAAGUCAUGAUCCAAAGAAAUUUGUAUAGCUAUAUUGGAAUCUUGCUCGAGGGGCGUGAACGAUUUGAACAAGAUUAUUUGGUUGAAAUGAGGAGACAACGAAUUGAUCAACCGAGUUCUUCUGCGAAUACCGACCAGGUGGAUGAAAAAAACAUUUACUCCAUUAGUCCGAGACUGAAAGGAUUCUCCAGUUGGCUUCUCCAAAUUAUGGUGUCAGGCAACUUGGAGGCCAUCUUCCCAGCUGCUACUCGUGAGUACGCACCAUUAGUUGAGGAGCUGUGGAAGGAUAGAGCAUUUCAAGCCACUUACACAAGGCGAAAUGAACUGCAUAUGUUACCUAGAGUUGCUAAUUAUUUCUUAAAUCGGGGUGUUGAAAUUGCAAGAAUAGAUUAUGAGCCUUCUGAUAUGGAUAUCUUGUAUGCUGAGAACAUCACUUCUUCCAAUGGGGUUGCGUCGAUGGAUUUCUCUUUUCCCAAUUCGUCGUAUCGUGAUAGUUACAUGGAACCAGCUGUUGAUCACAAUAAUUCCUUAAUAAGGUAUCAACUAAUUAGAGUUCAUGCGGACAGCCUCGGAGAAAACUGCAAGUGGUUGGAAAUGUUCGAAGAUGUCGACCUAGUCAUGUAUUGUGUUUCCUUGAUAGAUUACGAUGAAUUCUACGAAGAUAUUAAUGGAGUCUGCACAAACAAGAUGUUGGCGAGCAAGAAACUCUUUACGAACAUCGUUACUCAUCCAACAUUUGUAGAGAAAGAUUUCCUUCUCAUACUCAACAAGUUCGAUCUUUUGGAGGAAAAGAUCGAACAUGUUCCUCUAACUCAAUGUGACUGGUUCCAGGAUUUUAAUCCCGUGACCAGUCUUCAUCCGUACAAUAACAACAGGAACAACACGUCUUUGGCUCAACGUGCUUUCCACUACAUUGCCGCGAAGUACAAAAGGCUGUUCACUUCGAUCACGGGGCGCAAGUUGUUCGUUAUACCGGUUACAGGGUUGGAGGCUGAUAGUGUAGAUAAAGCUCUUCAAUAUGGCAGGGAGGUUCUGAGGUGGGCCGAAGAGAGACAUACAAUCACCAUGACCGAAUCUACCGAGAGUAUGGAACCUAGCACAUCUUUAUAGUCUCUCACAUUUUUUGUAGAUUUUACAUACAUAGAUGUCCAUAUUCUCUUAUAGGUAGACAAAAAGGAAAAAAGUUGUAUUUUACACACAACCCUUGAUUAUUGAGAAGAAUGCUUAGUUAUCUAUUAUUUAUAUUUGUGAGAUUUUUAUGCAUCAUAUAUAAAAAAAAAUUGGAGGAAA